AUGCUGCCGCACGCCGGCUCGCAAGAAAUGAUUCCUGCAGCCAAUGGACCCUCAGAUAAUAGAAUAGAUUUUGCUGCAGAUGGAAUGGAUACGUUUCCGCAGCCUGACCGGGAAAAAACCGGUCAGCAGAACGAGCCGGAGCUCCUAUACCCGGAUUCGACCGAAAUAGGGAACGAGCGGGCCCGCGAGCUCGAGCUCACUGAUACUAACGGCCAACAAGUGCGCAUCUUUAACAUCUAUAAUCGAUCUGACAAAGCAGAUAGUACUACUCUUGAUCUCGUUAUCUCUCUAACUAUCUCUACCGGCCCUACUAACAGCUCUACUAAUCCGCGUUUACUCCUGUUAAGCGACUUUAAUUUCCACCACCCGGCCUGGGGAAGAGAACGCUCUAAAAGAGACUCCUCGUUCGACCAAUUACUGGAACUGACGGAUACGAGGUACCUAGACCUCUGGCUAAAGCCAGGCACUACCACGCUCGUUACCUGCGAGGUUAACGAACGAGUCUACGCAGACUCGGACCACUAUCCUAUACGAACUCUUCUGGAUAUCAGCACUAAAACCCCUGAGACACAGCGACGAAAGAACUGGAAAACCUGCAGCGUUAAGAACCUGCAGAGCUUCGUGGACCUCAACCUACAGACCAAGGCCUUUCCUUUACAAACGAAGCAGCAUAUUGAGCUCGCUAUAAAAUACCUUAUCGAGACAGUCAAUCAAGGAAUCGCUGCCUCUACCCCGUAG